AGUGUGCACGCGCAGGCUGAAAUGCGUGCGACAGAGAAAGAACCGGGCUACGGGCGGAAGGGAGUACCUACCUGCGCGCGGCCGCUAGUUUAGUUAGUACCGAUUUGGAACUGUUUGAGCUAGUGCGACCCAUUUUGUCACCACGACCCAUUUUGUUUGACCUUAGACCUUUUUAACGGAUUUUUAGAUCUUUGCCUGCGAUUGGACUUUGAAUGACCUGUAAUAUGACCUUGGCCUUCGUAACGGAUUAUUGAGUUUCGCCUGAGGAUUGGAUAUUGUGCAUUGGACAUUGUUAUUUAACAAAAAUGGCAGAACGAAGAAGUGACCAUUGUGUUACUUGUGCGCGAUCAGUUCGUUGCGAUCGAAAUAGACACACUAUCAGCCGAGAACAUAUGGAAGAUCGACCAGGCUUUGCUGAAUAUGUUUUAGAACGGAUUAAUAUACAAGAGAUGGCCCAAAAUGAUGUACAGUACAUGUGUUAUCGCUGUUGGGUUGCAGCCAAUCGAAGACAGGCUAGAUAUGAACAAGAGAACAAUGAAGAAGCCGCAAUUGUUCCGGAGGAGUCGCAUGAAAUCUCAGUACCAAGCUACAAACGGGUCGCCAAUACAUCUCGCCGUUGUAUGUAUAGUGGUUGCCAGCAUAUUGACCUGCAUCGAGUAUCUUUUUUUUUAAAAGUGCAUUUAUUAGUAGAACAUCGCGUAUAUAUACCACAGUCCGCACGUAUUUGCUCUAACCAUAUUAGUGCUAACGAAUGGAGUUCACUGUAUGAAAAUGGUGAAACCAUAUUUACCCCAGACCAACUAAAAGAUCUCAUCGAUACUUUGAGGAAUGCGUACAAAAAUAAAACAUUUCUCGAUUUUGAAAACAUAGAGACAAUCUCUCCAGAGGAACUAUAUUUCCACACUGGCUUGACUCAUGCUCAAUUCGGGACUAUAAUUAAUGAAACACCGUCUCUUUCCGAAGAGUUAAAAAAACCAAAAACAGCCUUGGGAGCAUACUUGCUCAAACUAAGGUCUGGUGAACCAAAUGUUAGAAUUGCCAGUCAAGUAGGUGUUAGUAAAAGGACACUAGAGCGCUUAUUUAAUAAAGUGCGCGAUUGUUUGACGCGGGAGUUUGUGGGCCGUCAUUUAGGAGGUUUCCGGGAUUCUAUAUAUAGAGAUGCAGAGAUGCGUGAUAUAGAGAUGCGUGGUAUGAACCUCAUAUGCCUCCAACUAAAGAUAGGGGCGCGACUCAGUUGUCCGAUAUUCAAGCCAACAAGUCACGCCUGA